UUUAUAUUUGGACUGAUUGCAUUUUACCUGGUAGGAUUUUAUUCAAAAUUAUCUAACUAUCCACCUGGUCCAAUUCCAUUGCCUGUAAUUGGUAACUUACUAUUAUUUAGAAAUAAAAAACAACACAUAAACCAAGAACUGUCAAAACUAUACAGACUGUAUGGACCGGUGGUGACCGUAUGGGUCGGUCCCAUACCUAUAGUACUUAUCGGUGAUCCGGAUAUUGUUAAACAAGCUUUUAAAAGACCAGAAUGCUCGGGCAAAUUUCAAAUAUUGCUUGCGAUCAGCCCAGUUCACAAAAUCUGUUCCCUCUUCAAUUUUAUCCCACGCUAUAGUUUCACUACCCCUCCCACCCCUAUUUGCGUUAAAUUGUUGUUAGGAUCAAUUUUCAACGAUGACAAUCAUAGAGAUGUGGCAUUCAAUAGUCACUUAGAAAGUGCGGUUCCGCUGAGAAAAAUGUCCAUGUCUACUAUUCGAAAAUAUACAAAAUCAAAGGAUUUCUCAGAUUUGUUAAACAAAACUGUUAAUGAAAUCUUUGCACAAAUGUUGACCAAAGAGGGAAUCGAUCGGCCGUUUAAACCGCAGUCCUAUUGUCACGAAAUUCUUAUGACUAUAUUUAGACACGAAAUGAACAAUUUGUACGGCAUAUACGAGUUUAUACCCAUUGUGCGAUAUUUUAUGGCCAAUCCUUUGCAAACAUUACAAAAAACAUAUAACAAAUGUUUUAAAUACAUAAUAAAUGAAUUAAAAUUACGCGAUAAUAAUUACGACGAGAGUAAUGGCCGAGACUUUUGCGGUCAGUUUAUUGACGCUAAACGCCGGACAGAGGCGGAGGGAAAGCCUGGUUUUGAAUGUUUCAACGAUAAUAACAUUGCCGCAGUAGUUAUGGACAUGUAUUUAGCGGGAAUGGAAACCACGUAUUCAACUCUCGUAUGGAAUGUACUAUUUAUGGUAUAUUAUAGCGAUUGGCAGCAAAUCAUGCGAAAUGAAGUAAACGAUAGACUGGGCGAUAGGGCACCGAUUGUGACCGAUAAACACCAUUUGCAUAAUGUUAUGGCAUUCAUAUACGAGACCAUUCGUCUUAGAACCGCAGCACCAAUUGGAGCACCGCAUAUGACUUUAUCAGAUACCAUAUUAGAAAUUCAAUUGAUAUUUUUAUUGCUUAGGCGGCAAAUACCCAGUUCCCGGUCAGACAAUACUGAUCCAACAUUCGUGGCAUAUAUCAACAAA